AUGCCUAGUACAGAUUUGACCCCACAGAGAAAGCGAAAAAGAGCCAGGACUGUUAUAUCAUGCACCGAAUGUCAUCGUAGAAAGCAAAAGUGCGAUAGACAGCACCCAUGUGGAAACUGCACACUCAGAUCUGCAUCGCACUUGUGCCAAUACGAAAGCAAAUCAGGCCCGAACCAUAAUAGCAGAUCUUCUUCGGUUUCCCCGGUUUCUAGAAGCCCCAAGGGAGAGUCUCCAGGGUCUCCGGGUGAUAUGAUAUUGGGCGCAAAGGAUGUACCGGGGGGGUUUGGGUACAUUAGGUCGAACGGGCAUACACAUACGGCAUUGAACGUACUAGAAAAGCUCGAUCUCGAUGGUCAUGGAAAUGUCAAUAAUUGGGUUAGGUCAAACCACCAGGUUGUUGAUAUAUCCGAUAGUAUGGAGUUAUAUCCGUACACAAAGCACAUUCGACAAAUACCACCUAGGCCUUACACCUCACUUCUUGUAAAGGUGUUCUUUCAGGAGUGUAACUGGAUUUAUGGCUCCCUACAUGAACAAACUUUCCUCACACAUAUGGAGGAGUGGUAUGACCAAUGCGCGUCGAACAAUACACCGGGCAAUAAUGGGAAGAAGAAGAUACUCUCACAGUUCCCUGCGUUGCUACUGCAAGUGCUAGCUGUUGCUUUGCAAAUGCUUCCUAUGGAACAUUACAAGUUUAUGGCACAGCUUAACCUUGGCAAAGAGAACUUCUACAAUCUUAGUAUGACCUACAGCAACACUGCAUGCGAGCUUGCAAGUCUGUUAUCAGCAAGCAGUCCUACCCUUGUUCGUGUUCAACAAUGGUUUCUGAGAAGCUCAUGGUUGAAGAGUGAGGGGAGAGCUGUUGAGUCAUGGCAUGCACUUGGACAGGCUAUCCGGGAGGCUCAAGAAAUGGGAUUACAUCGGGAGCGGCCUAAAAAGUACGCUGAAAGUAUAGCGAGUGUGUGGGAGCAAGAGAUUGAGAAACGGGUCUGGGUCAAUCUUUAUGUCUGGGAUCGAUUCAUGUCUAUGAUUCUUGGACGCCCUACAAUGAUCAAUGAUCGGCAUUGCAAUGUAACGCCGCCAAUUGAUUGCCCAAUCCCUCAAGAUCUCACAAAAGUGCCUCCUGUUCCUCGUGGGCCUCUGGAUCCUCCAAACCCUUUCACAGAGCGCCUGUUAGAUUACCAACUAGCCCAUAUCAUAAACGAAAUCGAUGAUAUGGAGGUCAAAGUCGAUAAGCCACUUUCACUGGACUUCUCUUCCGUCGAUCUGAUGCACUCAAAGAUCCUUUCCUUCACAGAAUUCUUUCCACCAGCACUUGCGAUCCGGAAUAGAGAUAAUUCAUACGAUCAACAAUACCCAUUCCUUUCAGCCCAGUGCGAGCUUCUCAAAGCUUCAGCUUUCUGCCUAAUAGUAGGGCUUCAUCGGCCUUUUGUUUUCACAAGAGACCGUUCGAAGAUGGAGCUUGUCAAGGCUUCAUUGGUCAUUCUUGAUUCACAAACCAGAGUACUCCAGAUGACAAAAGAACACCAUCACACUAUUUACACUCUUUGUUUCUUUACGUUUGAUCCAGCAGUUCUCAUUGCAGCGGUAAUAAUAACCUCGCCAGCAUCCCUUGAUCCCGAGAUGAUUGAGGCUUGUCUUAAAGCCCUGCGAGAAGGCCAAAGAAGACUAGAAAUGCUCGGUCAGAGAAUCAAAUUAGCGGAGAAAGGUGCUGCCGUGUUGAAAGUGCUUAUUUCGAAAGUGGAAGCCGCAAUUUCUAGCGUACACCGAAUAGACAGCUUCCCAAAUCGAGCAAGGAUUUCGUCAACAACAGAAUCUGAUUCUGGUGUCUCGAUAUCAUCAGGAGCUUCUCCAUACGCUUGUGGUCAAUCUCAUGAAUCGCCAGAGCCAUCAGUUUCGUUCCCAGGUUCAUUGUCACAUUCACCAACUAUGUUAUCGUCGCAAUUACAAUUGCGAGAGAACAUGCACGGCAAUCCAGAAAUGCAGAGACCAGAGCAGAUGAGUGACUUUGAUUGGGCCUCGUAUACCAACGCCGUUGUGCCACACCGGGAUCUGAUGUCAAUGGAUCUGGAGGAGUUCUUCUCAAUGCCUGAAAUAUCCUCCGGUAACAUGGGGGACACCGCCGCAGCAACCCAUCAUGUGGUUAUGGAUCAGCACCACCACCACAGUCAUGGACAAUACAUUUACGGUUUUGGGGAGCCUGGGAGUGGUUGUGCGGUGGAAGAGCAGCAGAUGAUGAAUGGGAUGGGGGACAAUUUUUGGCAGAAUUUAUUGAAUGUGCAAUUCCAGUAG